AUGUCUGCUACGCGGCGAACCCCUAAUGUAAUUUCAAUCCUUUUACAGCUCGCAGUGUACCUCACAGUUGCAAAUGUUGGCGGCUUACCAUGCGUUGCUUCGUCGCGGACUUUGUUUCGCGGAGGACUGCUGGGAGGUGACUCCAGUGCAUCUUCCAAGCUUGCUGCAGAGGUCAAGUCGUCUGACAGCUACAGUGGCACAGCUUCCACGUUUGAGAUUCCGGUGCUUGGAUCCCAUCGCCGGGCCAGGCUGUUGGCUUCAGUGCCUGCCGCCACGGCCGCCAGCCGCACCGCCUCGCAGCCGCCUGCCAAGCGCCCGGUGUCCUCCCCGCGCCUCCGGCCGCCAUCACCACGCCGCAUGCCCUCCCCUCCCGUCAGUAAGCCAUCCCCGCCAUCCCCACAAGUCUCGUCGCCGCCGCCGCCAUCGCCAUCAUCCUUCAGUUCAAAGUCCUCAGACAUGCCGGUAGAGCUUCCCAGCCAAGUUUGCGCGGCUAUCAACCUGAUUUCACCCCGUGACCAAUCCGGGGCCCUGACCUACACGUUUGGAAAGCAGGUCAGCUGCGAUGGCGCCGCUGAAUGGAUGGCGAAGAACCUGACGGACGCAGCCCAGCAGGCUGGUGCCCAGAUCUCCACUCCCUUCGCGCUGGAAAGCUGCAGUGCCACCUACGAUCCCAACGUCAAGCCACCCGCGGUGCCGUACGUCAUGGCGUGCGGCUCGUUUGCCAACGUAAAGGAAGCCGCCAAGAUUCAGGACCUGUUGAGUCCCAUUCUGGUGCAGUGGUCGUACCUUGUUCUCGGCCGUAAGGUGCCCGAGGGGGCAGGCUCGCUGCCGUACAUGUGCCCACCACUAGGGUACACCAUCCAAACUAUGGUGUGGGGCACAGAGGACGAGUCACCGGUUGCUUUCUCGGAAGUGCAGUGCUCGUCGUCUCGAGGUGCCCUCUAAAGGAUAUGAGGCGGCACAAGAACGUGCGUAGUCAUGGAAUCAUCCAGUCCAUCCCUGUGCAUGUAUUCGUUGGGGCGACGACGAGCAGUAGUGCUACUAGAAUACACAAAUAGAGAUUCCUGGCAUCAUGAUGCAGAAGGAAAGCCCGCGGCCAUGGCAAGGUUUUUCCGGGGUAGCUCGGCUUCCUCCUAUCUGGGAAGAGUUGCAGGAUGGCCAGGUUAAUGUAUAUGGGGGUAAUGUUCUCUUUAGCUUAAGGCGGUCUUGGCUGGCAACAUGCUGAUGCGGAAA